GAUAUAAUCGAUGGCACAGUGCAUGGAAACUCAUGUAUACAGUCUGUGAUGGAAGGCAUGGAAAAGGUGAUGGGUCAUAUCACCACAAGUGAGGACUGUUUGGUACUAAACGUAUGGACACCUAAUGUGGAAAAUAAUAGUCCAUUAAAACCCGUCAUGUUUUUCAUAUACGGCGGGGGACUGAGUAUGGGCUCAAUAUUUCAAAAGAUGAAUAACGCCAGUGUUUUGGCCACUAAUGAUGUGGUCGUUGUUUCGGUCAACUAUAGGGUCGGACCCUUAGGUUUCCUAUACGGUGGCGAUGAGACCAGUCCUGGAAAUCUGGGCUUUUAUGACCAGUUAUUGGGUCUUAAAUGGGUUCGAGAAAAUAUUCAUUUGUUUGGUGGGGAUAAGGAUGAGAUCACUAUAUUCGGUAUAAGCGCCGGUAGUUGGUCCGUAUCGGCGCACAUAUUGUCUCCCCUAUCAAAGGGUCUGUUUAAGAGGGCUAUU